UGUCAACACUAAUGUCAAAAUCCGAAUACAGUGUAUUAAAAUAACAGAUUUUAAUGAAAUAAAUAAAAAAACUAUAUUUCUUAGACUAACUAGUGUACCUUUUACUAAAAUGUUGCGCCGUCUUACAACUACUAUCAUACAGUCGCGUGGUAUAAAACACCAAGUGAAAUUCAAAUGGGUGAGACCCGAUUAUGUACCAGCUUACAAACCGGCCAAAUCUGGCGACUUAGAAGGCCUCCCGCCGAUUUCUGAGAUGUCUUUGGGCCACGAGUAUUCCCUGAGCGAAGAAGCUAAGGAUGCCCCAGAAUCGGUGAACAAAAUAUUCUCAGCAGCUUUCUUGGGGAACAAGCAGUAUAAUGAAUUAGUUAAGCAGGAACUUGUGAAUAGAGUCAAGAGACAUGCAUAUGAUGACAGUACUGCUGAGACAAAAAUUGCAAAGCUUACUGCGAAAAUUCGUUGUCUACAAGUUACCAUGGAAAAGUUUCCAAGGAAUGUACUGGCAAAGCAAACUGUUCAAGAGCUGAUAGACAGAAGGAAGAAAAAGUUGAAGUUUCUCCGCACAUAUGACUACAAGAAGUUUGAGUGGCUGUUGGAACAAUUAAAUAUCGAAUACAAGGCACAUCCAGAGUCUCAUCAUAAGCUAUCUCGCAAAGAAUCCUUGAGAAGGCUAACAGAAAUGCACUGUGACGACAUUCGCAACGAGAAACUUUCCAACUACCGAAAUCUGCUAGAAAGCCAACAGGGUCCCUUCCUUAAGGAGAAACUUGAAGCCCUAAAGUUUAUCAGGAGUGAACAAAUAGAUUUGCAGCUUGCAAUCACAGUCUCGGAACAAGACAUCAAGAAAGUCGAGGAACAGCUGAAAGAAUGGACAGUCAAGGAUGAAAUAAAACAACAGGCCAAGAAAAAGAAGAAAAACCUUAUUGCUGACUUGGACUAAUAAUCAGAAAUAGUUAAUUAAUAGGUAGUAAUUUGAUAGGAAAUAAAAUAAUAUAACAUA